AUGACACAGCCGUACAACCUUGAAGGCAAGCAAAAUGCGAAUGUCAAGCGCGCCACUCUUAUCACUGGACAGACCAUCAGCGUCAUCGUCGGCGGUGGUGACGACGAUGACAACGAUGAAGAGAGUCCCUGUUUGUUCCUCGUCCACCGCAAGCUUAUCUGCGCCUUCUCGCCCUUCUUCAACGCCGCCUGCCGCGGCCCCUGGAAAGAACACCGCGAAGGCAUCGUUACGCUCCCAGAAGAAGACCCCGCAACGUUCGAACUAUACGUGAAGUGGCUGUACACAGGCGAGCUCGUGGAUUGCAGUAGCCCUACUACCGAGGACGAAGACGCCGACAAUACUGCUGAUCCGCAGGGGCAAGAAAGAAAAAGAACGGUAGAAGGAGACCCCUUCGCCAAUGACCAGUUUAACACCGUCUACACAAUCCUAGCAUGUGCCUACUUCCUCGGCGAUGUGCUGCUGGACCACACGUUCAAAAACGCUGUCAUCGACGCGUUGAUCAGGCGCGUGAAGCAAACGAACCGCUACCCGUGCGCGAUGGCAGCGCUCGUAUACGAGAAUACGUCGAGCUGGGCAUCGCCACUGCGGCGGCUGCUGGUGGAUUUCUACGCGUAUGCACACAAAAGGGAUUGGUUUCUGGGGAGCAACCGGGCGAUGGAUAUGGAUAAUGGGCCGAGGGAGUUCUUGAGGGAUGUGUUGGUGAAGCUGGUGUCGGUUCAGGAGGAGGGGUGCAAGGAAUGCCUGCAUCCAUGGGAUUCGGAUUUCUGUCAGUAUCAUGUGCAUCCGGAUGGUGUUAGGUGCCCCAAGACUUUCCAGGUGAGGAGAUAA